AUGGCCCAGCAUCUUCUCGUCCUCGCGUUUGGCGUGUCAGCCGUACUUGCGCAAUCCACAUCUCUCGACUAUUGUCAAGCUCUGGUCGAUGUCAUGUCACUGUGCCAGGCAGAAACCAGCGGCUUUACGCUGCUCCCCGCGACUUCACAGGCAUCUUGUCUCUGCUCGAGCCAAAUCUCAACGUUGACUUGGGGUCCUCAGGAGUUUGACGACUUGGCCUCCUUGUGUGCAUCACAGUAUGCCACUGUCGAUACCGACAUCGCCAGCGACGCCAGUGCCUUGGAGGGGUUCUGCACGAUGUUUGGAGCCGAUGCACAAGUCACCUCUUCUUCGCCGUCAUCAGCAUCGGCGACAACUUCGGCCACGCCAGGGAAUAUCAUUCAGGGAACUUUGCUCACGGAUUCUGGGUUUUCCACCGAGGCAGGCACGACUGCAACUCCAGCUGCGGAGACCCCUUCCACAACUCCAGCUCCCUCUGUAUCAUAUUCUGUGGUCACCGUCGGCUCCGCGACCCCGAGCGCAAAUCCCAAUUCCAAUCCUGCGGCGAGAGUGGACGGGAAUGAACAAUUGACAGGCGGGCUCCUGUUUGGGCUCCUGAGUUACCUAGGGUACUUGCUCGUAUGA